AGGAAGCCAUAUGUCUGCCAAAACUCUCAGAAGAAUCAAGACACACCGAGAGAAAGACAGAGAACACAGCAAGAAAUCAAAAAGCGGACACCCAGCAGAUCAGGAAAGAAAGGAAUGAGAUUAUAUCAGAAGGAUAGAACAAGAGAGAAAGUGAGAUAAACAAAAGAAGCAUAGUGGGCAGAGACCGUGAAAGAGGGGGAGGAGAAGGGGGGUGGCAUGUGAGUUGGCUGAUGCUUCACUCUUCUUCUUUUUGGUGAGACACAGAAAGUGUCACAGAAGUUUGACGACAGAGGUUGCAAGGAUGCUGCGAAUGAAAGCUGUAUGAAACAUUAACCAGCGCUGGACACCGACUCUAACUUCCCUCAAAUGAGCAUGAAGUGCUCCUCUCCAUAGAGACAGGAUGGAUGCUCACACACAUUCAUUACCAGACUCCAAGCGGCUUUCCUGAUACAAGCUUCCUGUUGAUUUACUGGGCAGCUUGUCUGAACAGUAACUGGUUAACUGGACCUUCACUUAAGAUGAACAAAGGCAACAACAGCUGUGAAAGCGAAGAAGAUCUCCGCGAGUACCAGCACUAUGUGUAUGCAGUGGUGUACAGUGUGAUCUUGGCCCCGGGCCUGCUGGGUAACGUUCUUGCCAUCUGGGUGUUCAGGGUUUAUGUCCGAGAAACCAAGAAGGCUGUGGUGUUCAUGUUGAACCUGGCUGUGGCCGACCUGCUGCAGGUGCUCUCUCUGCCUCUGCGGAUCUACUAUUACCUGAAGAACACCUGGCCCUUUGGUCAUCCUCUCUGCAUGAUCUGCUUCUAUCUGAAGUACGUCAACAUGUACGCCUCCGUCUACUUCCUGGUGUGUAUCAGUGUUCGUCGCUGUGAGCUGAUCAUGCGUCCUCUGAGGUUCAACUCAUCCAGGCGGAAAGGAGACUGGUGUAUCUGUGCCUUCGGCUGGCUGCUAGUCUGCCUUGGCUGCCUGCCCUUUCCUCUGUUGAGAAACCCCAGCGGGGUCCCAAUCAAUAACUCAAAUGACGAGGUCCUCACCUCAGAGGCCACGCCCAGCCUCACCGGGUCUGACCUGGUGUGUUUCUCAGAGUUACCCAUGAGGCCUGUCAGUAUUCCAGCAGCCUGGGUCCUCCUGAUCCUCGCAGAGCUGCUGGGUUUCAUCGUCCCUCUCAUCCUGGUGUUAGCCUGCACCUGUCUGACAGCUGGCAGCCUUCGAGAGUCAACAGAAGGGGCUAUUUCUGACAGAGGGGAGAAGCGGAGGGCGUUACGCAUGGUGUUGAGCUGUGCUUUGGUCUUCCUAUUGUGCUUCGCUCCUUACCAUGUCACUAUGCCCCUGGACUUCUUGGCUAAAGCCGACGCCCUGAGCAGCUGCACCCUCAGGAAACUGAUCCUUCGAUGUCACCCUGUCGCUCUCUGCCUGGCCAGCGUGAACUGUAGCCUGGACCCACUCAUGUACUAUUUCACGACGGAUGAAUUCAGGAGGCGACUGAGCAAGCCGGAGAUACCAGAGAGCAUGACUUUCAGUCGGCGCCUGUCCUGUAUGACAGGAGGAGAGGACCAAGAGGAAGACUAGGCCCUCUCUAAACUGUCAUGUUGAAGAACAAGUUUAAUCUCAACCACUACAUCCUGUGAUGAAGGCCAUGCACUCCUUAAAACAAGGAGAAUUAACAUGUAAAUUAGUAAGUGAAAAAAGGGGUACGAUUGUUUUUUUCUAUUUAUUUUUCAAGAAAAGAUGUCUGCUCUUUCUAAAUCGGUACGACCUUGACAGGUGAAGACUGAGCUGUUCCAGUUAUGAAGGAUGAACCUUCAAUCAGUGCCAACAUCUCUAACAAGCGUCAGGAAAUAAAACAACACGACCAGCUGGGUUCAGUCUCAGGAUCAGCUCACAGGUGAUGAUAAAAGAGAUGGAAACAGAUUCAAAAAGCAGAACGGUUCAGUAGGUAGAGAAAUUUAACUUUAUUUCAUGACAAAAGUGAAAUUCAUUUCAGUAGCUGGACACAACAUUGGAUUUAAUCACAUUUGAGUAUUGUUAAAAAAAGCUCAGACAGUAACCCUUUUUUUUUUUAAAACAAGCACACUUCCUGUCUGAUUGUCUUUCUGUGCAGGCAUCGUCUUGGAAACCACUGAAAAUGAGUUAUUUGGCAAAAGGCCAUUUUUCACACUUCCAAAUGUUCUUUUUCAGAGUUUUUUUUUUUUUUAUUCAAAUCAGGUGUACGGAUUUAUUGGAGUAUUUUUAUGCAUUAAACUGUUCCUGUGAAAACUGUAAA